AUGUCAUCUGAGGAUCCUGCGGCCUUCAUUCAACUGCAAUUGCAGAUUGCGACGAUAAAGCAGGUCUUCAGCGAUGCGCUCGCCAAGGAGCUGAACCUCGUUGAGGUUCAAGCCCCAAUUCUCUCGCGGGUUGGUGAUGGGACGCAGGAUAACCUCUGCGGCCAUGAGAAGGCAGUGCAAGUGCGUAUAAAGAAUAUUCCGGACGCCAUGUUUGAGGUGGUUCACUCCCUUGCAAAGUGGAAGCGACAGACACUUGGGGAACACAAAUUUCCCAUUGGCCAAGGAAUUUACGUUCACAUGAAGGCUCUUCGCGUGGAAGACGACCUAGACAAUGCGCACUCCGUCUUUGUGGAUCAGUGGGACUGGGAAUUGGUCAUGCCGCCGCAGGAGCGUAACUUGACAUUUUUAAGGAACACUGUUCGGCGCGUGUACGCGGCGAUGCGCCAGGCGGAAGAAGUUAUCUGCGCCAAGUUCAACUUGACUUCGGUGCUCCCGGCCAGCAUUCAAUUUUUUCAUGCGGAACAGCUGCUGAGGAUGUACCCAGAUAUGAGCCCGAAGGAGCGUGAGCGCGCCAUUGUGAAGCAACACGGUGCCGUAUUUCUUAUUGGCAUUGGUGGCAGACUAAGCAGUGGCGAGUGUCACGAUAUGCGUGCGCCGGACUACGAUGACUGGUCUUCCCCCGUUGAUGCGAAUGACAGCGGCUUUCCUUCCGGCCACCCAACAGUGAAUUCCUUGGAGUCGCUGCAGGGGCUGAAUGGUGAUAUUCUUGUGUACAACCCUGUGCUUGAUGACGUGCUGGAGCUGAGCAGCAUGGGGAUUCGCGUGGACGCGGAAGCGCUUAAACAUCAGCUCGCCCUCUUGUCGAAUGAGGAACGCCUGCAGUACGAUUGGCACAAACGGUUGCUGGCCGGUGAGUUUCCGCAGACCAUUGGAGGUGGUAUUGGUCAGAGUCGUCUGGUAAUGCUACUCCUCCAGAAGAAACACAUUGGGGAGGUGCAGUGCAGCGUUUGGCCGAAGGACGUAAAACUUAAUAACUCUAUUCUGUAA